CAGGAUUUGAUAAUUAUUAACUUUAGACUCAAAACUUGAAACUGUCUCUAAUAUUGAAAUUUUCGGUAAUUAAUUAAUAUACAAGUCCAGCUCCGAUUACGUUGAUCUUGACAUAUGUUAUCAACAUCAUUAUUCUAAGUGAAGCUUAUAGCAUAUGAAAGUUAUAACAGAACAUAGACAUAACAUAAAACCAAUGAGCGUCUAACAUAAAAUCGUCAUAUUGAUUUUAACACAAGAUCUUAUUUGGUAUAUUUGUCCUAUGUUGUGCUUAUGUGAUGUUAUGCAUUUUCUGUGCUAUCAGCUUAAUCUUCAAAAGCUUUUAGUUGGCGUGAUUUGUUAAAAAGUUGUUAUUAAAAUAAGUUUAACAAUAUAUUAUUUAUUUAAGCAUUAUAAUUUUAUUUAUUUUUACUAUUUGUUGUAACAGCAUGAUCAUCAUUAUUAAUAGGGUAGAACUUAGCUAUUAUUUUAAAAAAUUUAUCUAUAUAAUCAUGGUAUUGAAAUUGUCGUUUAAAUACAAAUUCAGCCAAGUAAUGAUCAUAGUGAUAACGUUUGAUUUCAUAGCGAAAUUCCACAUUGAAGAGGAGAGGGGUUAAGUGAGCUUUGCUUUGUGCGGAAAGUAAAUGCUUAGUCUCCUAUUAGGAUUUCAACUAUGGGCGCCUCAAUAAGGUUAUUUCACGUUUGUGUUCACACUAUACUUUGAGUGUACAUAUUUGAGUGUAUAGUGUGAACAUAGACAUAGAAAAACCUUAUUGAGGCGGCCAUAUUGGACACGAGUUAAAAUCCCAAUACUAAUGGCGUUUUCAACUGCAGUGGGUUUUAACCAUAUAUGUAAUACUCCUAUAUUGCUAGAAGAGUGUUGACCGUCAGCCCAAACAUUACGGUGCAGACGUAUAAUAGCCUCUCUCUCGCGAACGGCCCAGCUGAUUUGUGCGCAUGCGGUUACAUUUUUUAAAACACCAUUAGGCGCGAUUUUCACAUAACCUGUUUUCGUGAUUUGUGCGUGUGUGCGACGGUAAACAACGCAUAUUAUAAGCGUCCCAAGUGAGACAAACCAAAGAAAAAAUUUACAAUGGUGCGAAUUUGUUUUUUGUGUCAGAAAAAGGCAGCAAAGGAUGGAAAUUUUGCAAUGCACAAAUUUCCAAAAGAGGUGAGCAUUCGGGCACAGUGGUUACAUGCCUGCAAAUUAUCUGACAAGGACAAUGUGAUACAUGUACACAUUUGCUCCGAUCACUUUGUACCAAGUGAUUAUAAAAAUAGCAUAGGACUGUGUAGCAGAAAGUGGUUAUUGAAACCAGGAGCAGUGCCUUCCGUUAAUGUGCCAAAUCCUCCAGCUGCCGAAUUGCAGUUCCAGUCAACAUCUGAGAUUAUAAUGGACGAGACACAAUCAGUGCCUUCUAUUGAUGUUCCUCCAGAUUUCACAUCAGUUUCAAAUGUAGGAGAACUGGAAUUUUCAACAUCCAAGAAUGUGAUGGAUGAGACACGUCACGAGAAUGAACAGCUGCAUACUCCUCCGAAGAAACGGAGAUUUGCAGAACCUCGGUUCAUAUCAGACAUUGUAAGCUCCGAUUUCUCAACACCGAAAAGGACUCGAAGAGUCAUUGCUAUGGUGAACAAAAUCCAUAAUAAAAAACGUAAUUUGAUCCACAAUCUGCAGAAAAAAAAUCGAGAGCUGUGUAAACGCAUUACCACUUUAGAAGAAAUGGUAACGCAUUUGCGUAAAGAAGCAUUAAUAUCAGAGGAAGGUGGUGACGCUUUAAUGGUAUAGUAUCUAUCGAAAUAACGACAAAGGUUGAAUCUGGGACUCUAUUCUUGAAAACAUGCGAAUAACUUUCGUUUACGAAAGUAACAGAAUAAUCAAUGAAAUUAUUCGAUUGUAUUCUUCCAUUGGCUAUUUCGUCACUUUCGUAUACGUAAGUUAUUUGCAUGUUUUCAAGAAUAGAGCUCCAGUUUGCUCGUAUUGUCAAUAGCUGCGUUCAGCAUUAUAAAUCAGAGGCAUCCGUUUGCUCUUCCACCUCGAAAAUUUAUAGUAUUUAUCACGUAUACGUAUAGAUCUUUUAGGUAAAAGAGCAAACGGAUGUCUCUGAUUUGGAAUGCCGAACGCAGCUAAUGAAGGUUUGACCAAUGAACUGACUUUCAUGUCUGAUAACACAUUUUCUUCUGAAGGUGAUAAUGUAAAUAAAAAAAGUCAUAUACAAGUCAUAUACAAGUAUGCAAAUAGGGUUUCGUAAUGAUCGUGAACAUAAUAAAAUAACAUUUAACUGUUCUAAAAAAAAUGAAAAACUUAUGUUUAGUGCAAAUUUUAUUUGUCAUUUAUUUAUAGGACUGAUAAGACUGUGCUAUGAUAAUUUUUUAAAGAUUGAGCAAAUAUUUUCAGAUAUAAAGAAAGAUGAGACAAACAAAGUAACUUUUCGGACUUUUUUAUUAUUUACUGUUUAUUUAUGAAAAUAUUUUUUUUAUAUUUACAUUUAUGGAUCAUUUUAUGAAGAGAAUGAGCUAUCAGGCAUCAAAAUUGGUUCAAAAUCUAAUCAGACCCGCAGUUUGCGCAGAUUGCUUGAGGUUUAAUCUUGUUAAAGCUGCUUCAAAUGUAGUCCACCUUCUGAAGUUGAAAAAUAUCUCUUUUAUAUUUUGAUAUUCCUAAGUAUAAACUUAAAAAAACUGAAGUGUUAAAAUUCGCUGUCAUCGAACGAGAGAGAAGAAGCAACAUAAAUUUUAAAAUUGUAAUUUUAAUUUUUCUUAAGAGUGUCCAGAUUUGAACCGAAACGUUUAAAAUAGAUUUAUAUUAAAUAAUUAAAUUCCUUUGGUCAUGAAUUAGCCACAGAGACAAGUAACAUCGUGCUAAAAUACCGACAAUGAAAUAAAAUGGGAUAAACUGUCUCUGGUCACUUAAUGUUUUCUACUAAUAUUUCGCGCAAACUUUAAAGGGUUGUUCACACAAUGACGUUAAUGCAAUUGAAAUUCAAAAUAUUUAUAUUUUGAUUUACAAUUGAAUAAGUCCUAUUAUAUUCGCGUGGUACUCAUUGCCGUUUGUCAUAUUGCACUGCAUAUGAAC